AUGCAUCAGCUCACGGACGUCAAAAGCUUGAAGAGAGAGUUGUGCCGACUCUGUGGGGUGCCACGUUUUCGGCAGAGGCUUUUGAAAGGCUCUGCUGUGCUGGAGGAUGCUGACGAGCUGACAUCACCCAUUGAUGUCCAGAUGGUUGUGUUGCCCUUCAUCGCAGCGAAUGACGAGCAGAGGCAAGAAAUGACAGAUGCUGUAGCCGACGGCCGUAUCUUGGAUGUUGAGAAGCUGCUCAAACUGCCGCAAGACCCCAACCUCGGCGGACCCCGGGGCGGACGCUUGCCGCCGCUUGUUUCGGCAUCCAUGGUAGGCCGUGCAGACGUGGUUCGCUUGCUUCUAGAGGCCAGUGCAGACAAGGACUCGACCGACGGCAACGGUUCCACGGCUCUUCGCACUGCAUCCUAUCUUGGCCGUGCCGACGUGGUGCGCGAGCUCUUGGAGGCGGGUGCAAGCAAAGACCUCUGCAACCACAGCGGCUCCACACCUCUCGAAGUGGCAUCGAAGUUUCGUCACCUGGAGACAACCCGUGUCUUGCUGGAAGCGGGCGCUGACAAGGAGCUUGCCGAUCAGGAGGGUUUCACACCUCUUCUCAGUGCCGCAGCAAAUGUCCAUGUGGACAUGGUGCGCCUAUUGUUGGAUGCUGGGGCGCAUCACGGUGUCUCCGACAACAACGGUCUUACAGCCCUUCACCAUGCUUCAAACAUUUACUGGCUUGAAAAGGAGGAGGCAGCGAUCGAUACGGCGCGGCUGCUUCUCGAUACUGGUGCUGACAGGGCAGCAACCGACAAUGAUGGCCGCACGGCCCUGGAAUAUGCAGUCGAGGGUGGCCUUACCCAGCUUGAGAGCAUGCUUCGCGCAAAGAGGCGCAGACUGAGAGCAGACUGA